AGUUUAAGCUAAUGGAUAGUGUUCUUUAUUUAUAUGAGAGUCAUGUUUAUAUUAUUAUUCAGGUAGAUGUCUUCCUCUGAUAGUCAAGGUAUCUCUUCCUCGGAUGCCUGCGCAUCCGAGGAAUCUUCAACCUCCUCUUCUUCGACCGGGUCCUCUUUGUCCAGUUUCGAGAACCGGUCAGGCCCCAACGCCACCGUCCCUGGACCGCGACCUGUCAACCAAAUGUCCGGUCAGGUUUCUCAGGAGAGGGAUGAACCGGUCGACGAUGAGCCGGCUCCCUAUGACCCUGACGGCGAGUCGUAUGAGGGAUGGGUGAACCGGUUGGAAGCAGCCGGUUACUUUCCCCUCCCCACCAUUUACCCCUCAGACAUUUUCCCCCACGUCUCCAAAAUUGCCCAAAACAAGAGGCUUGAAGCCCACAACCGGGAGCUUCAAGACCUGACCGCCCGGCAACUUGACGAGAUGGCCAACCUCUCGGCGGUUGCCGGUAGGGCGAACGCGGAGGUCCUCCAGCUGAAGGAGGAGAACUCGCUGCUGAUGGGGGAGGUCUCCCACCUGAAGGAGGAGGCAUGGGUGAAGGAGCAAGAGCUGCCCGGUCGGGCCAGACAGUGGAUGGAGGAGAACCUGGUGGAGGCCGCCCGGGUGCUUACUUCCUCUGAGGAAAGGACAAUGGAGGGCUUCAAGUUGCUGUACCGGGAGGAGCAAGGGAAAGAGAUGAUUACCCAGAUCGGCUCCUACGGUUUCAUGUCCGGCCAAAAACGAGACCGGGAGGCCACCCAUGCGAUCCUUGCCGACCGGGAUCCGGACUUCAAUGCCGAAUCAUACGGUCUGGCCCCCAUCCCGGACGAAGAGCCUGCGCCUCCCUUUCCUCUUGAGUAUUCUUCCCGGCUGCGACCGGUUAAAUUAUUUUGGAAAACUUCAAACUCAUUUCCCCGGGAAUGCCCGGUGUAUCUGUAAACCCUUGACUUUUAAUUUCGUCUGAAUGCAUUGUUUAAUUUCCAUGCCGGUUUAGCUUCCAUAUUUGCAUGCUUUUUGAUUGAUACUUUGAUCUUCGCUUCUUAGAACACCAUACUUCCUUUGACCGGUAUAGUAAUCAAUCACCAUACUUCCU